CUCAAGGGGUAACCCGCAGUCAGUGACUGCUCGCAGUUAGAGGCAGUCGUUUCGUCAUUCCCUGCACUCAAAUAAGGGAGAGAGGAAAAACUCUUUCCAAGUUUUAACCCACUUCCUCAUCUUCAGCAUCCUUAAAUUCAUCCUGCGCAUCCUUUUAUUCAUCUCCCUAGCAUUUUAUCUCCGGAAUCUUUCUUUUUUCCUCUUUCCUUUCUACUUCGUUUGCAAUUAAAGUUUGAAAUAUUUUUUUCAAAUGUGUGUGCGUUAGAUUGAAUUAGCUCGCCACCAUGUCAUCGGUGUUCGAUAUGCGUGCAGUAACCAUGUGCCCAGAAGUGUUACGGUGGUGGCAACGACCUUAACUGUCAACCGCGCUGUCAAGGAUGUGAUCUGUGAGUGAGAGACAAGUUGUGCGAAAAGAUAAACCAGAUGAUAAGACUUACGUAAUUCGAAGAAAAGCUGUCAACAAAUGAUUGUUUUGUGAAAAACUUGCAAUCAUGUGAAAGAAUAUACUAAGAAAAAAAAUAAAUAAGAAUGAAACAUAUACAUCGAAUAAUCAAGGAUAUUUUCUGUGCCUUUGAAUAAAACACCCUGUACUGAAACUGUCUUCAGUAUAAAAAGCUUAAUUAUUACAUAUUUCAGGCAGUGAUGAGAAAUUAUAUCAGUGUUAGCUUUAUUGCAAAUAUAUAUCCUAUACAUAUAUCCUAUACUAGAACGUGACGAAAGAGCUGUUGAGUUUUGUGUGAUCACAAAUUGUAGAAAAAAUAAUGAAAUAUUAAAAAAACAUGUGCACAUUUAUUUUAAUAAAAUUUGUUCCAUCAUUUAUUGGUACUGCAGGUAUAUUCUAUGCAAAAUUAAAAGUUAUACCUAUAAACUUGCCUUUCAAAUUAGAAAAUUAGCAAUUUUUAGAGAGGACAAUAUCAUGAUUUCAUAUCAUUUUAGAUAGACGCUAUUUUCUCUAACAAAUGCAAAAUGUUGUUUUACAUUAAAUAUAUUUGUUUAUGACAAUUAUAUUUUGUAUUAGCAAUGUUCCUAUAAUAAAUCAUAUCAUUGAAAAUUGGACAAUUUAAGAUGCAUUUAGAAUAGAAUUGAUUGUAUACCGAAUGUUAGAGUAGACAAAAUGGUUGUUCUUACUUUGGUUGUUCUAGAGUAAUGUCAAAAUGUUUGUUCUCAUUUUGAAAUCAUCUUCUCCAAAUUUUACCUACAAAAGUAUAGCUUUUUAACGCUACGAUACGUUAGAGUGAAAAAUGUUUUAGAUGAUAAAAUUUACCAUAUAUAAGCAUAUCAUUUAUUGGUAAUUCAAAGAAAAUAUUUUUAUUGAAAAAUUCAAAUACCUAAUUUAAAUACAGAAUGUUAUUACUAUUGUAGAAAUGUUGGACUAUAUUUUCUGUACGGCGUUAUUAGACUCAGUCAAUAUCAGAUAAGAAAUAUCACAAUGAUUUUGACUUAAAAAACACUUAUUAACUCCCAAGAAAUACGAAGAGAAUGACAGUUACUGAAAUCUUAAUGUAACAAAUUCAUUAAUCUCAGACAAGAAAAUGGAAGAUACAACUGUUAAUUCAACCUUUAAUAUGACAGAAGAACAAUUGUGCCUUUUGGAACGAAAAUGGUGGUGUUUUCUAUUAUCCAGUAUUAUUACAUGUUUAACUGGAAUUUUCAUUAUCUUAUUGUUCAGAGCAUUUGCAUUUAUAUGUUGCCGCAGUGCUACAACUGCAUCAUCAACGCAGACGAUAGCAAAAGCAAAAGAUAAUGCUAAAGGUGCCAACAAUGGAAGAGAAGUCACGGAGAUCGGGUUCAUGACAGAGGCUAAAGAUUGGGCUGGAGAGUUGAUAUCAGGACAAACAACAACUGGCAGGAUUCUUGUUGUUUUGGUGUUUCUUCUCAGUAUUGCUUCAUUGAUAAUUUAUUUCAUCGAUGCCUCCCACGAUAAGGUGGAGACGUGUCAUUCUUGGUCCGAAAACACUACGCAGCAGAUUGACUUAGCACUAAAUAUAUUUUUUAUGGUAUACUUUUUUAUACGCUUUAUCGCCGCUAGCGACAAAUUAUGGUUCUUGCUGGAGCUUUAUUCCUUCGUGGAUUACUUUACCAUUCCGCCCUCCUUUAUAUCCAUCUACUUAGGAAGGACGUGGAUAGGCCUGCGUUUCCUGAGAGCGCUGCGACUGAUGUCUGUACCGGACAUCUUACAAUACUUGAAUGUUUUGAAAACAAGCUCAUCUAUACGAUUGGCACAAUUAGUUUCAAUUGUCAUCAGUGUCUGGCUGACAGCAGCUGGUAUCAUCCACUUGUUAGAAAAUUCUGGUGAUCCUUUGGAGUUUUCUAAUCCUCAUGAACUAACUUAUUGGGAGUGUGUAUAUUUCUUGAUAGUAACGAUGUCAACAGUAGGAUAUGGUGAUAUAUAUUGCGAAACUAGUUUAGGAAGAGGAUUUAUAGUAUUAUUUAUUCUAGUUGGACUGGCAGUGUUCGCCAGCUGGAUACCUGAAAUUACAGAGCUGAUAGGUCACCCGUCCAAAUAUGGAGGAGUCCUCAGAAAGGAAAGAGGCAAGAGACACAUUGUGGUGUGCGGGCACAUCAACUAUGACUCCGUGUCCUACUUCUUGAAAGACUUUCUUCACGAGGACAGAGAAGAUGUAGACGUUGAAGUCGUCUUCCUUCAUAGAAAACCUCCUGACCUAGAGUUGGAGGGUCUCUUCAAGAGGCACUUCACGACAGUCGAAUUUUUUCAAGGUACCGUCAUGAAUCCUGUUGAUUUGCAAAGAGUAAAGGUCCAACAAGCGGACGCGUGUUUAGUUUUAGCGAACAAAUACUGCCAAGAUCCCGAUGCUGAAGACGCUGCCAACAUCAUGCGAGUCAUAUCAAUAAAAAACUUCUCAGAUGACAUACGAGUCAUUAUACAGCUCAUGCAAUAUCACAACAAGGCUUACUUACUAAACAUUCCGAGCUGGAAUUGGAAGAAUGGAGAUGACGUCAUUUGCUUGGCAGAAUUAAAGCUUGGAUUCAUAGCUCAAAGCUGUUUGGCUCCAGGAUUCUCAACUAUGGUCGCCAAUCUUUUUGCAAUGAGAUCUUACAAAACGAGUCCUGACACUCCUAAAUGGCAAAAUGACUACCUUUGUGGUACGGGAAUGGAAAUGUACACAGAAACUUUGUCAACUUCAUUCGUAGGAAUGAGCUUUCCUCAAGCUGCCGAGUUAUGCUUCGUGAAGUUGAAACUCCUUCUAUUGGCAAUUGAAAUAACCCAUGACGAUGGUUCUGAUUCAAAAAUAUCUAUUAAUCCUAAGAGCCAGACAAAAUUGACACCCGAUACUCAAGGUUUCUUUAUUGCUCAAUCAGCUGAUGAAGUGAAAAGGGUUUGGUAUUAUUGCAAAAACUGUCAUGAGGACGUCAGAGACGAAAAACAGAUCAAAAAGUGCAAGUGCAAAUAUCCAGCAAGCAAGUUUAAAAGAAACGUCUGGGCCUCACUGUUCUUAAGGAAAUCAACCCCAGCUAUUGCCGUUGUGCCGUCUCGUAACGGAGAAAGAAAGAGAAGUGAUGGAAAGGCCAACUCCUUAACCUCUAUUUCAUCACCAGGCCACAGAAAAAGGCACAGCAGGCCGACUGGUCGCAGGACCUCAGGAAAUAUACAAGAGCGUCCUUUUGGAAUGAUGGCGGAAGAUCAGGGAAAAGGUUUCGAUUUUGAAAGAACUGAAAUGAAAUACGACUCGACGGGAAUGUUUCAUUGGUGUCCAGCCCGACAAAUCGAAGAUUGUAUAUUGGAUCGAAAUCAGGCUGCCAUGACAGUGCUGAAUGGUCACGUAGUCCUGUGCCUCUUUGCAGACAAAGAUUCACCCUUAAUUGGCCUACGAAACCUCGUGAUGCCGUUGAGGGCGAGUAACUUCCAUUAUCACGAGCUGAAGCACGUUGUCAUCGUGGGUAACGUCGAUUACCUACGAAGAGAGUGGAAGAUGCUUCAGAAUCUACCCAAGAUAUCAAUACUUAGUGGAUCUCCCCUUAGCCGAGCUGAUUUACGUGCUGUAAAUAUCAAUCUGUGUGAUAUGUGCGUUAUCCUCUCUGCCAAAAUUCCUAGCUCAGAAGAUCCUACCUUAGCUGAUAAAGAAGCGAUUCUAGCAUCUCUCAAUAUUAAAGCGAUGACAUUCGAUGAUACUAUAGGAGUUUUAACAGCACAUGAAUCGGGGCGAGAUGGAAUGUCUCCUUUGGGUAGCCCCAUUGUCCUUCAGAGAAGAGGAUCCGUUUACGGAACUAAUGUCCCCCUUAUUACAGAGCUCGUAAAUGAUACCAAUGUGCAAUUUCUGGAUCAAGAUGACGAUGAUGAUCCUGAUACUGAACUCUAUCUGACUCAACCUUUUGCUUGUGGAACGGCAUUCGCAGUUUCAGUGCUUGAUUCUUUGAUGAGCACGACCUAUUUCAACGCCAAUGCUUUGACACUAAUUCGAUCCCUGAUAACUGGAGGGGCAACUCCCGAGUUAGAGUUAAUUCUAGCUGAAGGUGCUGGACUUCGAGGAGGUUACAGUACACCAGAAUCUCUCAACAAUAGAGAUCGCUGCAGAGUGGGUCAAAUAUCGUUAUCGGAUGGUCCUCUUGCCUGCCAUGGUGAAGGAGGCAAGUAUGGUGAAGUGUUUGUGGCAGCUUUAAAAAAUUAUGGAAUGUUGUGCAUUGGUCUCUAUCGAUACAGAGAUACCAGCUCCUCAUUUGAAGCUUCAACAAAGCGUUACGUCAUAACUAAUCCACCAAUAGACUUUCCUCUAAUUCCUUCAGAUAAGGUGUUUGUAUUGAUGCAAUUUGACCCUGGUCUUGAAUACCAACCCAACCGAGGAGAUAGAGACGAUAAUUCCUGACUCUUGUAUUGCAGCGCCUUGACAGAUGGGCCUUACUCUUUCCUCUGAACACUCGUCUACAACAGUAGAACACGUGUUCCUCAAAAGACAAACUAAGCCAAUUAAAAGCUAGCUUUUGACGCCGCUUCUUCUUACACAAAAACCACAAACAAAUCGGUAUUCAUUUGUCGCCUUAAUUUUCCCAAAUCAGCAUAUCACUUCAGCGCAUCCAUGGUGAUGGUGAUAAUAAAAUAGUGAUGGUGAUGGUAAAAUAUGACCCGUUAGGAAGUGAUUAUAUUGAACUCUUCGAGAAAAAUGGAAGAAUCCGUUUGGAAGAAACUUCAUUAAAGUUCUUCAGGUGGUGCUUGAAGACACCGCAAUGAUCAUACAUCGAAGCACUUACAUAUCUUAAAACAAUUAAGUUUAAAUAUGAAAUAUUUUUCUUGUCUGUUUUCUGGAGAAAUAUCAUUCGUUGUUUAAACAGACCGUAAGCGCUAACUUCAAAAGUGGUGACGGAGUAGCGUUACUGUCCAUGGUGUCUUAACUUCAACUGCUAUUAGUCUCCGAGACAUGUAUUUAUAUCUGUCACGGAGUACCAGAAAGAUUUCUUUUACUAAUGGUAAUACUUAUUUUUGUGCAUUAUCUUCAACAACAAAAAUAUAAUUUUUGAGGUAAAUGACCUCACAAUACCACAAUGAGUGGUUUGUUAUUGAAUGAAAAUUGUUAAAUAGCUUAUGUAUGCUGUUCGUUAUACAGUAAAAAUUUAUAUGUUGCGUACUUAGACAACUUAGGGUCGUUAGUAAACAAAAAAAAAUACCCUGAAAACUAUAUUUUAUUUCUACCUCUUACGACCUUGUGAUAUUUAGAAAGGAAGUAUGACACAAAAUAAUUUUUUCCUACAUUCCAAAUAUGUGUAAAUUUGCAAUAAUGUGAAAAGAUAUUGUUAAAUUUGCACCAUUAUUUGCAAGCAUAAACUCAAAUAAACAAUUGCUAUAUUU